CUGCUUUGGAGUUGCCAGGAAUUCAGUUCUUUGUAAAGUAAGAUGUUAACCAAGUUUCUCAGUAAAGACCUAGGUAACUUCUCUUUGGAUACUGUUUUUCCAGAUGAUUGACAAAAGCUGGGAGAAGGUUUCCAUGUGUGCAUAGAAAGAGUGGAACAGGAUUAUCUUCUCCAAACUGGUGCUUGUAAAAAGACAGAAAGAUGUGUGUGGUCUGCAGUAAUGUUUGAGGAAGCGUGACUAUGAAGGGUUUCUGUGUUCUCUGCUGCUGCCUGUGGAAUCUCGAACCUCUGCUUUUGCCUUGAGAGCCUUCAAUGUGGAACUGGCUCAGGCAGAUUAAAGACUCCAUAACUCAGAAGACGACAGGUUUGAUGCGGAUGCAGUUCUGGAGGGAUGCUGUGGAGGACAUAUACAGCAAUAACCCACCACAUCAGCCCGUUGCUACAGAGCUGUGGAGGGCUGUCAAGAGGCAUAACUUGACUAAAAUGUGGUUCAUGAAGAUCAUAGAUGAAAGAGAAAAGAAUUUGGAUGAUCGGCCAUACCGUAACAUCCAGGAGCUGGAAACAUACGCUGAGAACACUCAGAGUGCUCUCUUGUACCUCACCUUGGAAACACUGGGUGUGAGGGACAUCCAUGCUGACCAUGCAGCCAGUCACAUUGGGAAAGCACAAGGCAUAGUUACCUGUUUAAGAGCAACUCCUUAUCACUGUACAAGACAAAAGGUCUUUCUUCCCAUGGACAUUUGUAUGUUGCAUGGAGUUUCACAAGAGGAUUUCAUAAGAGGCAAGCAAGAGAAAAAUGUGAGAGAUGUAAUUUAUGACAUCGCCAGCCAGGCCCAUAUUCAUCUAGAACAUGCUAGAUCUUUCAGUAAGAAAGUUCCUGUGAAGGCGUAUCCUGCUUUUUUCUGUACGGUUGCUUUAGAUGAUUAUUUAUAUAACUUGCGGAAAGUGGACUUCAAUAUAUUUCAUCCAAGCUUACAAAAGAAGAGUACAUUAUUACCAUUGUAUUUGUAUAUUAGAUCUUGGAAAAAAACAUAUUAAAGUUUGUUUGGUUAUUUUAAUAUGGA